CUCGACGCGCACAACCCGCGCCAUUGUACUUUGGCGAUUUCUUCUUUCCGUCCUGCAGCGUGCUGUUAAGGGAUAUACAAGCUUCAAGAUGUUUUCGUUACCCAUGAUCGCGCCGCGCCCAGAUGCCAGCCUCUGGCCUUCCCACCACACCACCCACGCCGCCUUUGAGGAUACCCACUCGCACUCUCCACCAGACACAUCUCAUGGCCACAACAGCCGGCGACCAACUUCGCACCACGGCCCACGUCGCCACCAGAACCAUCUCCUAUCCAGCCUGACUGCCGACGAAAACACAAUCGCGCAGCGCAAACUCAAUGUCCGCAGAUUCGGCGCGGGUUGGCUGCGUCCGCCUGGUGUCACCAAAACACUGCAAGCGAUUGACGACGAAAGGCUAGAGAAGGAGGAGCAAGAGAUGAUGCAGCGCAGAGAGCAAGUGAUGAUGGAUCUAGCAGCCGCACAGCAGGAUGCUGCAAACGAAGAGCAAAGGGAAAGAGGAGAAAUGGAAGAAGAUGCUGGGGAAGGAGAAGUAGAACGGGAUCUUGACGAUGAAGUUCCUGAGGCACAAAGCACACCCAGUGCAUCCGAAGUAUCGAGUGACGAAGAAUCAGAGGAGGAAGAGGAGGGAAGUGAAGUCAGUGGCGACGUCCAAGAAGAAAGCACUGUACCCUUCAAUGAGGAUAGUUUCAUAGAAGGCAGCAUGCUCGAAGCAGAAGUGUCUCAUAUGCUGGAGAUGGAAGAGGCGGAAAUGGCAGGCGUGUUGCAAGACGAACGCGAUCUCGAUGACGAUGUUCCUGAAGCUGGGAGCUACGAACACACGGAUUCUGAACUCGAAGAUGAUAGCGAUGUGGAUACCAGCGCUCUUCCACCUGGACUCAGCUCCGUGCGUUCGAGACGCUCAACAAGGCGCCGUUCAAGUGGACGUCGUAAUUCGAGUCGCAGAAGCUCGGGGCUGCCUGGUGGUAUGUUGUUUGGGGGUGGACAUCCUGCGGUUGGAAGGGUCAGUCUCGGGGUCGAUCUGGGAAAUGGAAGGAGUAGCUUUGGUAUGGACGGGAGUAGUUCAUUUCUUGAAGGUAGCUCUUUUCUGCGGAGUUCGCCGGCGGGGAAUGCUGCGGCCAAUAGGGGCAGCUUGAGAGAUAGGUUCUUGGGUGCUGCGAGAGGUGGUGGAGGCAGCAGCAGGAGGGCUUAAGAUUAGAUGUGGUAAUGAUUAUGAUUGUAUGAUAGAGAUACCCAGUAGCUCCACGAAGCCUAGAUACCUGUAUUGAAAGUGCUCGAAUGGUAAAGACGUGUUGGCGGUGUGUAUGUCUGGAGGCUUCAUCCUCACCUACGCUCGCUUCCAUCCAUCCAUCCAUCCUAAACAUGACCUCGAAAGUCCCCACAACCCCCAUGCCUAACCUACCAUCUGAUAGAAUGCCCUGCCGAGGAAGCUGCCUGCCUCGUCGUAAACCUCUGC